AUGAGGUGUUCUUUCAGAUGGACCAAGCCCUUGGCCACAGAUCCCUGGUCACUUAUACUUAUUCUCUUUUCUGUACAACACGUGUAUGGGGGUGGAAAGAAAUAUAUUGGCCCUUGCGGAGGAAGAGAUUGCUCUGUGUGCCAGUGCUUUCCUGAAAAGGGGUCUCGGGGCCAACCAGGACCACCAGGGCCACAAGGUCCAAUUGGGCCCCUGGGACCACCAGGAUCCAUUGGGAUUCCAGGAGAGAAAGGAAUGAAAGGUGACAGUGGCCCUCCUGGAGCAGCAGGGGACAAAGGAGAUAAGGGUCCAACUGGUGUUCCUGGAUUUCCAGGUUUGGAUGGCAUACCUGGGCACCCAGGGCCUCCCGGAUCCAGAGGCAGACCUGGCAUAGAUGGCUACAAUGGUUCAAGAGGUGAUCCAGGGUUUCCAGGAGAAAGAGGCAUCCCUGGCCCAGGAGGCCUCCCUGGCCUUCCUGGAGAAAAUGGAGAAAAAGGAAAUUCAGUGUUCAUUUUAGGCACCUUUAAAGGUAUUCCGGGAGACAGAGGGGACCCAGGACCACCUGGCAUACCAGGUCCUUGGGGUGCAAGAGGACCAGCAGGCCCCAUGGGAUAUCCCGGGGAGUCAGGGUUAGGGGGACCUCCGGGCCGUCCUGGGAGUCCAGGUUUGAAGGGUAAACCUGGCGUGGGAGUAAAGGGGCAGAUGGGAGACCCGGGCGAGGUUGGCCAGCAGGGUCCUCCUGGACCCAUCCUCUUGGUAGAGCCACCUGAUGUUCAUUUCUAUAAAGGAGAAAAGGGUAUCAAAGGAAUUCCUGGAGUGAUUGGACCUCCAGGACCGCCCGGACCCAAGGGAGAACCUGGGAUUGGGGCAAAAGGAGAGAAAGGUGUUCCCGGAUUCCCAGGUGCUCGGGGUGACCCUGGUUCUUAUGGAUCUCCAGGUUUUCCAGGAUUAAAGGGAGAACCAGGAAUGGUUGGAAAUCCUGGGAUGACUGGAUUUCAUGGCCCAAAGGGGGAUCCUGGAGACCGCGGACACCCAGGACCACCAGGUGUUUUGGUAACUCCGUCUCUUCCGAUCAAAGGUCCUCCAGGGGACCCAGGGCCUCCUGGCCACUAUGGAGAAACAGGGGCUGUUGGACCACCUGGUCCCCCUGGUCCCUUGGGCAGGCCAGGAGAGGCGUGUGCAGGCAUGAUGGGACCCCGUGGGCCACAAGGGCUUCCUGGUCAUCCAGGGCUUCCAGGGGCAGCCGGGAUUCCUGGAAGACCUGAUUCUGCUCCAGGAAAACCAGGAAAGCCAGGGCCACCUGGCCUGCCUGGAGCACCAGGGCUGCAGGGAUCCCCAGGAUCAGAUGUGAUACAUUGUAGUGUUGGACGUCCUGGACUGCAAGGAAUAAAAGGCAAAGUGGGCCCUCCAGGAAGAAGAGGCUCAAAAGGAGAAAAAGGAAAUGAGGGACUCUGUGCCUGUCAGCCCGGUCCCAGGGGUCCCCCUGGCCCUCCAGGACUUCCUGGGAGGCAGGGGAGCAAGGGAGACAUGGGGCAGCCUGGCUGGCUUGGAGAAAAAGGUGACCCAGGCUCUCCCGGUGUUGAAGGAUCUCCAGGGCCACCAGGAAAACCCGGUGCCUCAGGACCACCUGGCAACAAAGGAGCAAAGGGCGACCCGAUUGUAUCAAGAGUUAAAGGGCAGAAAGGAGAAAGAGGUCCUGAUGGGCCCCCAGGAAUUCCAGGGCAGCAGGGACUACACGGUCGGGAUGGACAUGCUGGAGAAAGAGGGGAUCCAGGACCCCCAGGGGAUCAUGAAGAUGCAGCUCCAGGUGGUAAAGGGUGUCCUGGACCACCGGGCACCCCAGGCAAAGCAGGACCUGUGGGGCCUCCAGGACUGGGAUUUCCUGGUCCACAGGGAGAGAGAGGUCAACCAGGAGUACCAGGCUGCCCAGGCUUGAGGGGCCCUGAUGGCUUGAAGGGUCAGAAAGGUGACACAAUUCCUUGUGAUGUAGCCUACCCUGGGAGGCCAGGACCUCCAGGUUUUGAUGGAAUUCCAGGUCCAAAGGGAUUUCCAGGUCCGCCGGGUGCUCCUGGGCUGAGGGGUUCAGAUGGGCAAAAAGGCCGACGUGGCAAACCAGGAACAUCAGAAAUACCAGGUCCUCCUGGUGUUCGUGGUGACGUGGGGGAUCCAGGUUUAAGAGGUGAAAAGGGGUCCUCCCUGGUCGGGCCCCCAGGCCCUCCGGGGCCACCUGGAGUGAAUGGUCAGAAAGGAAUCCCAGGAGACCCUGCAUUCGGUCACCUAGGACCCCCGGGAAUGAGGGGUCUAUCAGGAGUGCCAGGGACUAAAGGACCCAGAGGUGAUCCCGGAUGUCCAGGGGCUGAAGGGGCAGAUGGCAUUCCCGGGUUCCCAGGUCUCAAAGGGCCCAAAGGCAGAGAAGGAAGAGCAGGGUUUCCAGGUAUCCCAGGUCCACCUGGUCAUUCCUGUGAAAGAGGCGCUCCUGGGAUGCAAGGGCAACCAGGACACCCUGGGACUCUCGGUAGUCCAGGGGCUCCAGGCCGGAAAGGGGAGCAGGGAGAUGUGGGUCCUCCUGGGCCAGCUGGAAUGAAGGGCCUCCCUGGACUCUCGGGACUGCCAGGGGCAGAUGGACCCCCAGGACCUCCAGGAAUCCCAGGCGCCUUUGGAGAUGAUGGACUACCUGGUCUUCCAGGCCUGAAGGGACCCCAGGGACUGCCUGGUUUCACAGGUUUUCCGGGAGAGAGAGGAAAGACUGGCCCAGAGGGACGACCUGGCAGAAAAGGGGAACUCGGGGACAAGGGUCAGCCUGGCUUUCUGGGAGACCAGGGAGUAAAAGGUACCACAGGAGCGAGAGGACCUCCCGGAGAUGAAGGAGAAAUGGCUAUCAUUUCCAAAAAAGGGAAAACUGGGGAACCUGGACCUCCUGGAGAUAAUGGAUUCCCAGGAGAAAGAGGGGACAAAGGACGUCCUGGGACACCAGGGAAAAGAGGAGAGCCAGGAGCACACGGGCCACCUGGACUUCACAGAGGGGAACCUGGCAGAAACGGGCAGCCAGGGCUUCCUGGACCCCCAGGCCCUCCAGGCUCACCUGGGCAAAGAGGGAUCAUUGGUUUUCCGGGAUUUCCAGGUGACCAGGGUGAGCCAGGUUUUCCAGGCCCCCCUGGAUUUUCAGGAAUUGAUGGAGCAAGAGGACCUAAAGGGCAUUUUGGAGCCCCCGGAGAGCAGGGCAUGCCUGGUGCUCAAGGGCCAAGAGGAACACCCGGAAAGCCAGGACUGCCUGGCUCUACUGGACCACCAGGGUGUCCAGGUGAUCAAGGGAUGCCUGGGCUGAAGGGACGUCCAGGAGAAAUGGGGGACCCUGGGCCAAGAGGCCUCCCGGGGGAUCCAGGGAUACCAGGUCCUCCAGGAAUGAAAGGGCAUUUUGGAGCCCCCGGAGAGCAGGGCAUGCCUGGUGCUCAAGGGCCAAGAGGAACACCCGGAAAGCCAGGACUGCCUGGCUCUACUGGACCACCAGGGUGUCCAGGUGAUCAAGGGAUGCCUGGGCUGAAGGGACGUCCAGGAGAAAUGGGGGACCCUGGGCCAAGAGGCCUCCCGGGGGAUCCAGGGAUACCAGGUCCUCCAGGAAUGAAAGGUCCCUCCGGGUCACCUGGCCUGAAUGGCUUGCAUGGUUUGAAGGGUCAGAAAGGAACCAAAGGUACUUCAGGUUUGCAUGAAGUGGGCCCGCCUGGUCCAGUGGGAAUACCUGGGCUGAAAGGGGAGACAGGAGACUCCGGGAGCCCAGGAAUCUCUCCUCCAGGGCUCUCGGGAGAAAAAGGUCACCCAGGCCCCCCAGGAAGACCAGGACCACCUGGUCCUGCAGGUGCCACAGGAAGAGCUCCUGAGGUUGACAUUCCUGACCCUGGUCCACCUGGAGAUCAUGGGCCUCCUGGCCCUGAUGGCCCAAGAGGACCGCCAGGGCCUCCAGGUCCACCUGGGACUGUUCACCUUCUGAAAGGAGAGCCAGGUGACUGUGGUCUGCCAGGGCCACCGGGUCCCCCUGGCCCACCAGGCCCUCCAGGAUGCAAAGGCUUCCCAGGAUGUGAUGGAAAAGAUGGCCAGAAAGGACCAAUGGGAUUCCCUGGUCCUCCAGGGCCACAUGGACUUCCUGGGCCACCUGGAGAGAAGGGUUUACCUGGACCUCCGGGCAGAAAAGGGCCCACUGGUCCUCCAGGUUCUAGAGGUGAACCUGGGCCACCAGCAGAUGUGGAUGCCUGCCCCCGAAUCCCAGGGCUUCCUGGGGUGCCAGGCCCAAGAGGACCAGAAGGAGCCAUGGGGCUCCCUGGAAUGAGAGGCCCCCCAGGACCAGGCUGCAAAGGACAACCCGGGCUGGAUGGCAGGAGGGGCAAGGAUGGUGUCCCCGGGUUUCCUGGGCCUCCCGGGCGCAAAGGUGACACAGGAGAAGCUGGCUUCCCUGGAGCACCAGGCCCUCCUGGUCCCACUGGGGAUCCUGGGCCCAAAGGGCUUGGCCCUGGACACCUCAGUGGCUUCCUCCUCGUUCUCCAUAGUCAGACGGAUCGAGAACCCGCCUGCCCCAUGGGCAUGCCCAGGCUCUGGACGGGGUAUAGUCUCUUAUACCUGGAAGGACAAGAGAAAGCUCACAAUCAGGACCUUGGUCUGGCAGGGUCCUGCCUUCCCGUGUUCAGCACGCUGCCCUUCGCCUACUGCAACGUCCACCAGGUGUGCCACUAUGCCCGCAGAAACGACAGGUCCUACUGGCUGGCCAGCGCCGCCCCCCUGCCCGCAAGGCCGCUCUCGGAGGAGGACAUCCGGCCCCACGUCAGCCACUGCGCCGUGUGCGAGGCCCCGGCGGUGGCAGUGGCCGUGCACAGCCAGGAUCAGUCUAUCCCCCCAUGUCCGCCGGCCUGGAGGAGCCUCUGGGUCGGGUACUCGUUCCUGAUGCACACAGGAGCUGGGGACCAAGGAGGAGGGCAGGCCCUCAUGUCACCUGGCAGCUGCCUGGAAGAUUUCAGAGCGGCACCAUUCCUUGAAUGCCAAGGCCGGCAGGGAACUUGCCACUUUUUUGCAAAUGAGUAUAGCUUCUGGCUGACAACGGUGAAACCAGACUUGCAGUUUUCCUCUGCACCGUCACCAGACACUUUAAAAGAAAGCCAAGCCCAGCGCCAGAAAAUUAGCAGGUGCCGGGUCUGCGUGAAGAAUAGCUAGAGAAUGCAAAAUUCACCAACACGCUGCCACAGAAACUUCCUAGGGAGGCCUAAGACUUCCUAGGCCGUGCUCAGAGAUUCAGUGGUGCUCAUUUCGGAAUCCACUUUCAUGUUCCUUCCGUUUCAAUGUGGUUACUCCUCUAGUCCUCUAAUUCCUUCCUUUGUUCCUUCAGAAUUAAGCAAAUGCCACGUGUAUGGAUUUGUUUGGACCUACAGAUCUGGAUGAAACCCCAUAUUCUUAUUGAGGAUGGUGGAAGAACUGGCUUUAUUUAAAAAUACGUUAAUUCACAGGAAGGCAAGUAGAUGAUAAAGGCCAGAUUACAAAUUAUAUUACUGAAAACUUCAUUCAUUGGUUAAUAGCACCUCAAACAAGUGAAGUCCAUUACUCUAUAAUACAGUGGGCUUCUGGAUGGAUUUUUACAGGAAAAAAUAAAUAGGCCAACAAAUGAAAUUAGAAAAUAGAGGUUUCCAACAUUUCAAAAUGAUUUCCUCUGUAAUGUAUUUUUCCAUGCACUUUAAAUAAUUCUGAAACCAUGACCCAAAGAGAUUAGAAAAAGAAAAAAAAAAAAAAAAAAAAAAAAAAAAAAAAAACACCCCACACCGCCAGUAUUAACAGUUCAUUUCAAAGCAGAAUAAAUCAUUAUGCCAGGAAGGCCUGCAGUCUCCAUAUUCCAGAGAUGCGACAUUAGCAUAAACACAUCACAGAUGAAUAUAAAACAUUAUGUUCUCUUCUGCGUUUUUCAGAGAAUAGAAAUGCUUACUUUGGCAACCCUUUUGAAAAGUAGCAAUUUAUGGAAUAAAAUGUAUUCAAUAAGGGAUUAACAGCCUAAAAGCUAUUAAUGAAUAUUAAGGUAGUGAUUCACAAAAAUGGACUCCCCAUUGCAGUGAACUUCUAAACAGACCGCUUUUCCCCAGUCGGGGUCCAGCAUGUCCUCAGAGCUGUGUGCUAAUGGGACUGAAGCCACAUGGGGCUUAGUCAGGCUGCACAUGGUUCAUACAAAGCAUCUCGCUCCCCUCCCCAGGAGAGCCCGCAGCUCACAAUGGACACUUUUCCUCUGCACACAUAAUAGCAGCUCACACAGGAAAGUGACAGAGCUAUCAUUAUGCACUUGGGAGAAAAUUAAGGGCCGACUUAAUUAAACCUAGGUAAGAAGAUUCAUUUAAGUCAGGGUCACCCCACCAGGAAGACGUGGUGCUAUCUUUAAAUGAAACAAAGAAAAUCUGUAAUUUGAAUUUAUGUUCUUGUGAUUGAUUUUUAUAGGAGCAUCUGUUUUGCCAAUUUUAAAAACAUUCUCAUAUUUUAUAUCAGUAUUGUACCAAGGCAGCAGUUGACAUUUGGCAUUAGUAUUUUCUAUAAAAGUUUAGAAGGUA